AUGCUUUCAAUGAUCAUCAUCUGUGGGUCGACAAUGUUCUGUAAUUAUUAUCCUAUGGAUGCCAAGGCUUGCAUUUCAAAAACAGAAGGAAUUAUGUGUAUAAUUCUGUUUUUAAACAAAUUUAGGUGAAUUUAGUUAAUUUGAAAAUGCUUGUCUUUAAACCUCCAUAACCAAUUAUGGUUGUGAACCUACUUUGAAUAAAUUAGCAUGUUUAAAUUAAUUUACUAAUUCAGAUGGCUCUGAAGCAACAUGUAUAGUUAAAAUAUUAAUAAAAAAAAGGCAUCUUUACAUCUAAGUGUUAACUUGCUAAAACUUAGCAUUUUAAAAAUCUAGGAUGCUCAAUAAAGUAUUCCAAAUAUGCAUGUAUGAAUGCGUUGAAAAAAGAUUGUAUUUGGAAUCAAGAAUGUUAAGAUUACAAAUAAGAAGUACCUUUAGGAGAUGAUUGUUCUAUGAUUUUUGGUGAUUCUGUUACUCCAUCUCUUUGUCAAAAGAUUUAAAAUCUUUAAUGUAUUUUAUGAAAUUAUUAAUUUAAGGUAUGAGUGGUGGUUUCUAAGGAGAUUACAAAUGUAUAUCUGUGACUGAAUAACAAUACUCUUAAAUACUCUGUAAUUAACUUGGAUUGAAUUAACUUGGAUGUAUUUAAAUAACCACCAAAGAUUAAGCUUGUAUUUUUAAAUAUAAAUACUAUAGGUAUUUUUGAAAAUAACCAGUGUAAAAAUGUGUAGUCAACAUACCCGUAAAAGUGCAGUUUACAUCUAAAUCGUUUGGGUUGUUUAUAAAUCAUUAAUCCUAAAUUGAAGUGUUAAUGGAAAAAUAAUAAAUGUAUAGACUUUAUUGACACUCCAAAGUCAUGUGAAUUAAUCACAGAUGUCAAUCCUAGUGUAUGUUCUGGUUUUAAUGGAAUUUGUUUAUAUGAUUCUAUCAAUAAGAAGUGUGUUAAUCCAACUAAUAAUUAAUUACAAAAAAUCUAAUGUAGCACAUUUGGUUUAACCAAAUAAGCAUGCCUUUAAAUUAAAAAUUAAUACUGUACUUUCUUUAGGGGAAUUUGUGAAGAAUUAACUUUAUCUGAUUUAAAAUUAUAUUAAUGUAAGAUGGAUUUGAAUGAAGAUUCAUGUAUCAAUAUUUAGACUUAAUUUUAAUAUUGUUAAUGGGAUGGAAUAUAAUGCAUUAGAAUUACAUUAAAUUAAGAUGUUGAUUGUCCACUAGAAUAGCUUAAUCCAGAAAUGAAAGUUAAUGGAAAUGUAUGCUAAUCUAUAUCUAAACCAGGAGUUUUAUGUAAAUACAAUCCAAAUACUCAUUUAUGUGUCAGAAGUAAUGAAAAGGAUUAUUGUAAUUCCCCAUUUCUUAAUUUAUAAGGAUGUGUAAGUAUUACUACUGCAGGUUAUGCAUGUAAAUGGACAUAAGAUGGAUGUGUUAAUAUUAAAAUUGUUGCCAAUUAAACUUAAUGUAAUUCUCUUGGUUUUGCUAAUGCAAUUGCAUGUUCAUAGAUUUAUGAGAAUAACUAAUAAGGUUGCUACUAUGAUCCAAAUUAUCAAUAGUGCAAAACUAUUAUUCUUAAAGACGAAGAUAACUUCCUAAAUACUAUUAAUUGUUCUGACACUAAGUAUGGAUUUAAUAAAUCUAUAUGUGCCUCUAUCACUACUCCUGGCUAAGUAUGUAGAUGGUAUUAAAAUUAAUGUUCUUAAAUUAUAUCAAAGGAAUAAAUUGCAUAAAUUCAAUGUAUUCAAUUAUAGUUUGUUAAUAAAUAUGCAUGUGGAUUAGUUGAAUAUGGAAAAGAACCUUGUAGAUAUUAAGAAACACAAAAAGGUUGUGUUAAUUCUAUCUUAAAAAAUAUGAAUUGUUAAACUGCUGGAUUAAAUUCUUAUGCUUGUGCUGUAGCAAAUGGUAGUUGUUAUUUUGAUACAAUUACUAAUUCAUGUCAAUAUGUUACUAAUCCAUUUUAAUAGUAAACAGCAUUAACAGCUGCUGCUAAAACUGAAUUAUUAAAUACUAUGUCUUGUGAUUCUAGUUCUCCAACUGUUGAUAUUUGUGCUUAAAUUGUAACACCUGGAUAAAUUUGUACUUGGUCUGUUAGAACAAAUAGAUGUUAAAAUUAAUUUGUUCCAUUUAAUUCUCUUUGUUCUACUUUUUCUGGAUCUAAAGUUAUAGUUAAUGCUAACACUUGUGCAGCUAUUGAGAAUGAAUUUCCAGAACAUGAUCCAAUAAAAGGAUCUAAGGUUGAUAUUAAUAGAGCUAAUUGUAAAUUCAAUUCUAAAACAUCUAAUUGUGAAACUAAUAAAGAUUUUUGUUCUACUCCUUGUUGUACAGAAAAUGAUAAAAUAGGAAUAAAUGCUCAUUCAUGUAGUAAAUAUUCAACAAAAGCUCUUGGAACUUUUUGUUUUUUUAAUAAUGAUUUAAGAUGUUAAGAACUAACAAAUGAAUUGGUUGGAAUAGUAAAUGAAAGUACAGCAAGGAAUUAUUUUAAUGCAAAUUAAUUUAAAUGUUCUUAAAUGUCAGUAAAUUCAUGUCAUAUGAUUAAUUGGUCAACUAAAUAGAGAUGUUUUUAUAAUGGUUCCUCCUGUGUUAAUAUAAAUUAUUCAAACUAUUAGAAUUUUGAUAAAUUUAUUGAUUUACCUAAAAUAAUGAAUGAAUAUGCUUGUUUAGGUAUUGAAGCUACAAUAAUACCAGAUAAAAAUUAGUUAAAGUACUUUACUUAUAAUUCAGAAACAUAUAUUUGUAGUUCAGGUGAACCUGUUGAGAAAGAAACAUGUGAAUAAGUAAAAGGAAAUAGAAAUUUAUGUUUGGCUACUAAAAUAACUUAAGGCGAUGGUUAUUGUAAAUGGGAUCCAACAAAUUUGAAAUGCAUAACUAUUCCAAAAGAUGAAUUUUUAGAGAUAAAAACAUGCAAUUAUAAUUAAAAUUAAAANGAUGGUAUUAAAAUUAAUGUUCUUAAAUUAUAUCAAAGGAAUAAAUUGCAUAAAUUCAAUGUAUUCAAUUAUAGUUUGUUAAUAAAUAUGCAUGUGGAUUAGUUGAAUAUGGAAAAGAACCUUGUAGAUAUUAAGAAACACAAAAAGGUUGUGUUAAUUCUAUCUUAAAAAAUAUGAAUUGUUAAACUGCUGGAUUAAAUUCUUAUGCUUGUGCUGUAGCAAAUGGUAGUUGUUAUUUUGAUACAAUUACUAAUUCAUGUCAAUAUGUUACUAAUCCAUUUUAAUAGUAAACAGCAUUAACAGCUGCUGCUAAAACUGAAUUAUUAAAUACUAUGUCUUGUGAUUCUAGUUCUCCAACUGUUGAUAUUUGUGCUUAAAUUGUAACACCUGGAUAAAUUUGUACUUGGUCUGUUAGAACAAAUAGAUGUUAAAAUUAAUUUGUUCCAUUUAAUUCUCUUUGUUCUACUUUUUCUGGAUCUAAAGUUAUAGUUAAUGCUAACACUUGUGCAGCUAUUGAGAAUGAAUUUCCAGAACAUGAUCCAAUAAAAGGAUCUAAGGUUGAUAUUAAUAGAGCUAAUUGUAAAUUCAAUUCUAAAACAUCUAAUUGUGAAACUAAUAAAGAUUUUUGUUCUACUCCUUGUUGUACAGAAAAUGAUAAAAUAGGAAUAAAUGCUCAUUCAUGUAGUAAAUAUUCAACAAAAGCUCUUGGAACUUUUUGUUUUUUUAAUAAUGAUUUAAGAUGUUAAGAACUAACAAAUGAAUUGGUUGGAAUAGUAAAUGAAAGUACAGCAAGGAAUUAUUUUAAUGCAAAUUAAUUUAAAUGUUCUUAAAUGUCAGUAAAUUCAUGUCAUAUGAUUAAUUGGUCAACUAAAUAGAGAUGUUUUUAUAAUGGUUCCUCCUGUGUUAAUAUAAAUUAUUCAAACUAUUAGAAUUUUGAUAAAUUUAUUGAUUUACCUAAAAUAAUGAAUGAAUAUGCUUGUUUAGGUAUUGAAGCUACAAUAAUACCAGAUAAAAAUUAGUUAAAGUACUUUACUUAUAAUUCAGAAACAUAUAUUUGUAGUUCAGGUGAACCUGUUGAGAAAGAAACAUGUGAAUAAGUAAAAGGAAAUAGAAAUUUAUGUUUGGCUACUAAAAUAACUUAAGGCGAUGGUUAUUGUAAAUGGGAUCCAACAAAUUUGAAAUGCAUAACUAUUCCAAAAGAUGAAUUUUUAGAGAUAAAAACAUGCAAUUAUAAUUAAAAUUAAAAAGCUUGUAUAAGUCAUGCUAAUUUGGGUUGUCAAUUUAGUAGUGCUAAUGAUAGAUGCAUAGAUGCACAAACUAAUGUAAAUUGCACAUAUUUUGAUAGUACAGGAUUAGUUAGUUCUACAGUAUGUUUAAAUAUUACAAAAGAUAAAUAAAUGUGUUAAUUUGAUGAAUCACAUAAAUGUGUUGAUCAUAAAGAUGAUGCUACAGGAUGUGAUGUUAAAGGAGGAAAUUCAAUUGCUUGCUAUUUUAAGACUAAUUCAUUUGAAUGCAGAUGGGAUCCAAAAUCAUUGAAAUGUUAUGAAAACAAAACAGAAAUUUCAAAUCUAGGUUGUAAUGAUUAUUUAAAUAAGAAUUUAUGUCUAUAAGUAACAAAAGAACCAUGUAUUUGGGAUGUAUCAAAGUAUAAAUGUUAAAGAUUAGAAGCAAUAGAUUCAGCAUCUUUUAAGAAAAUAGCUAGUGGCAGUGAAUUUAAUAAAUAAACCUGUAUGACUUUAAUAGGAGAUUCCUAUUAUUAUAAUGUAGUUAAAGAUGAUAAAGAUAAUACAUCUUUGUUAUGCUCAAUAUUAAGUUCUUACAUGGAAACAUGUGAUAAAUAUCAUUCAAAUAAAUAAUCUUGUUUAUUACAGACUAGAGGAAUUUAUUGUUAUUAUGAUACAAAUGAACCUGAUUUAUCGAAAAGAUGCAAACCUUUUACUGCAGAAUAAACAUCUUGUACAUCUUCAACUUUGAUCAAUAUUCAGGUAUGUAUGGAUAUACCAAAAUAAUGUUAAUUCAGUACAACAAAUCUAUAAUGUUUGAGUACUACAAUAUAAGAAACAGAUUUAUGUUCAGAUUUAAAAAAGAAAUCUUCAAUUUAUUUUAAUAAAUUGGCAUGUUCAUCAGUAAAUGCUUUAAUAUCUGAUUCAGAUGGAUAAUCUUAAUGCAAAAAGGAUAAAGAAAAUUAAUAAACUUGUAAUUAUGAAAAAUAUUGUUAUUGGAGUUCAAGUAGUUAUUCCUGUGAAAUAAAAAUUUUACAUUCUAUAUCUUUCAAGGUUGAGAAUAAAUGUGAGAAAAAAGAGACUGGUGAGGUAGAUGAAGAAGGAAAUCCUAUUACUGAAGAGGUUUGUAAAGAUGUACCAAAAUGUGACAAUGAUGAUAAAUCUCUUUAUGUGAAACAAUGUUCAUAUAGAUAUUCAAAGGCUCUAUGUUUAGAAAUGAGUGAUGAAGAAUGUUAUUUUGAUUUAAAUUAAGGAGGAUGCAAUCCAUUAUCUGGAAAUGAAAGAAAAUUAUCAAGUUGUGAAAAUGUUUAUAAAGUAGAUUCAUAAAAUAGUUGCAUUAAAAGUUAAUCAAGAUAUGCAUUAUGUAAAGAAGAAACAAAGCCAGAUCUAUAUCCUACAAAUUGUGAAACAUUAGAAAGAAGUAUUUAAAAAUGUUCUGCAAAUUCAAUUUUAAUGUCUUCCUAUAAAUGUUCUGAUGUUCCAUCUACAGGAACAUCUCAAAGUGCUUGUGCAAAUGCUAAUGAUAUUUGCCGUUAUGAAGAUGGUAAAUGUGUUACAACUAUUACUAAAGGUAGCUAAUGUUCACCUUCUUGUGAUUCUACUUUUAGUAGAAAAUUAUGUAUUUAUUGUGGAUGUGAUUUUGAUACUUUAGGUUAUUGUUAAUAAUUUGAUACUAUAGAAUUAUUCCCAAAAUUAAAAGAAUCAAGUAUUACACUAGAAAGUGAAGGAGACUAAACAGAAUUGAAAUCUAAUAAAUAUUAUUUAUGUUAUGAAGUUAAUUUGUUAAAUUCAGGUAAAGUAGAAUAAGUUUGUGGUAAAGUCUCUUAAUCUUGUAUUUAUACUAAUAUGUGUAUUGAUGCAACAGGAUAUUCAUGUAAUUAAUUAAUAGAAUAAACAGUCACAGAAAAGGCUUGUGUUAGAUGUAAAGGAGAUAUAAUGAUUUAUAAUUCAAUUACUUAAAGAUGUAAUUCAUUAUUAAAUACAUAACUUACAGAAUGUGAAAAACUAAAUUAAUUAGCUUGUUUAUAAAAUACAACUGUUGCUUGUAGAUGGUUAAAUUACACAUGCUAAUCAUUUUAAGAUGCUGGUAAUACUGAUUGUUCAAUCUAUAAUAAUUUCUCAUGUUUUACUGUUGAUAGUUGUUGGAUUAAUCCUACUACUAAUUUAUGUACAAAAUAUAUUGAAUCUAUGGGAAAAUGUACUUAAUUAAAAAAUGAAAAACUUUGUAGAAUGUCCAAUUUUCAACCUUGCUUUUGGGAUGAAACAGAUCAAUCAUGUAAAGAAGCUUUAAUGGAUUCAGAUUACACUUGUUCAAAAGCCAAUAAAUAUGGUUGUUUAAAUACUCCAGUAUAUCCAUGUGGAUGGUUAGAAAGCAAUUAAUGUUAAUCCAUUACUCUAGAUUCUACCAAUUUUUCAAGUUGUUCAAACUUUUUAGAAAAUUCAGAAGGUCAACCUGUUUAUUCAUAAUUUAAUGCAUAAAUAUGUACUCGCUUAAUCAUUGAAACUGAAAAUACAGUUAAAUCAUGCUUAAGAGAUGAAUAAUAUAAAUGCAGAGAACCUAUUAUCACAGAUAUUUUAACAUGUAAUACUCCAGGAUUGAAUAAAUAUGCUUGUAUAAAAGAUACAAAUGGUUAUUGUAAAUAUGAAAAUAAUCAGUGUUAGCUUGAAUCAAAUUCAACGGUUGGAUGUUUAGAUAACUUGAGUAUUGGUGCAUGUCUUAAUUAAUAAGAAACAUGUAAAUUCAAAGAUGGAAUUUGUAGUGCAUUUGAAAUCACUACAACUGAUGACUUUUUAAAAGUUGAAGUAACUUAUCCUUAUUCAAUAUCAGUUUGUUCUAAACUUGAUAAUAGCAAUGAAGAAUAUAAGGAUUCUUUUAUUUACAACGCAGCAAUGAAAAAAUGUAUAAAAAUAACUGAUAGAAAUCCUUAUAUAAAUGAUUGUUCAUUACCUGGAAUAAAUAAAUUUGCAUGUUUGACUAAAACUAUUAAUUAUUGUAGUUAUAUAAAUAAUAAAUGUAAAAGUGAAAGCAAAAAUUCCUUAUAAUAGAUUUUGACAUGUUAAGAUACAUUGAAUUGGUAUUCUUGUACUAUGAUAAUAACACAGAAAGGAACUGCUUGUAAAUUUAAAGAUAACAGAUGUUAAGAUGUAGAUGACACAAUUGACACUUGUUAAACAUUAUAAGAUGGAAAUGCUAUAGUAAGUGCUAGGGUUUGUACAUCUAGAACUGAUAAGUCAUGUAGAUUAAAUAUUACAACAAAUUAAUGUUAAGUAAUUAAUAAUGAUGAGACAGUUGUGUGCAAAGAACCAGGAUUAAAUAAAUUAGGAUGUCUAUUCAAAACAGCAGGAUCAUUAUGUAUAUUUUAAGAAGGUAAAUGCUAAAAUAGUUUUGGAAGUAAUGUAUGCAAAGAUUAAGUUAAUAAAGAUAAGUGUUUAUCUAUUAGAACAAAAAAAUAAUACUGUUAUUUUGAUGAUAUUUUUGGUUGUUAAGAUAUAGAAAUUAAUUCCACUUUAUCUUAAUGUGCUUAAUUCAAUAAGGAAACUAAUCCUUUAGUUUGUGCUCUUGCUACUAGUGAUACAUCUACAGCUUGUUAUUAUAAUUAAACUUCAAAAAAAUGUGAAGAAUUUAAAUCUGAUACCAUUACUCAAUGGGAAAAUAGAAUUUCUUUCAAUUCCAAAGCUUGCUAACUUUAUCAAGCUGAUAAUAAAAUAACCUAUUGGAAAGAUGAAUGUUUAGAAAUUCCAUCAUAAUAAUUAUAGUAUCUUGAUUGUGAUAGUUAAGUCAAUAUACAUGGAUGCAUUAGUAUUACUAAUCCAAAUGCUUAAUGUAUGUUUAAUACAAUAACUAAUCUUUGUGAAAAAGUUACAGCUAUAACUAAAGGUUGUGAAACUUACAUUAAUAUCAAUUCUAGUAAUAUCUGUAAAGAAGUAAGUGAUGUAUCCUGUUAUUAUAAUUAAUCAGAACAUAAAUGUGUUUCACUUGCUGAUGAAGAUGAAAUUGAUUGUAGUUUAUAAACUUAUGGAUACAAUAAACUUGCAUGUUAAACUAAUAAUAAUUGUAUAUUUACUGAUAGUUGCUACUUAAAAAAUGAAGAAGAAAUAGCUAUUUGCUCAGAUGCAAAUACAAACAGAUCUUUAUGUUAGACAGUAAAAUAUGAGUCAUGUUAAUUUAAAGACAAUAUAUGUAGUAAGAUAUCUAAUACAUCUUCAAUCAAAUGUGAAGAUGCUGUUAAUAAGUUAGGUUGUUAGAAUGUAACAACUGAGGGAUUAUAUUGUUAAUAUAUAGAUGAUUCAUGCGAAGAGAUCAAUCCUUUGACUAUUCAAAAUACAAAGUGUUUAGAUGUAGGAACAAUAAAUAGUUUUAUAUAUUGUGAAUAAAUAUAAUUUGAAGAGUAGGAAUGUAAAUAUGAUGCAAAUAAAAAGCAAUGUACUCUUACAGAAGCAAUAGAUGAAUUUAGUUGCAAUAGAGGAUUAAAUCUUUUGGCAUGUUUGAAUAAGACAACUAAGUCACUGUAAUGUAAAUUUUGGAAUUAUUGUUAUGGACCAAAUUAUUAGAUUCUAAAUUGUAAUCCUACUUAGGCUGAUGAUUGUUGUAUUUUUGCUUCAACAUUAGAAUCCUGUUUAUUUUAAUCUAAAUUUAAUUGCGUCUGGAAUGGAUAAUGUAAGAAAUAUGUAGAUAAUUAAACGAAUUGUGAUUUAAUAGAUAAAGGAUCUAAAAAUAUAUGUACUUCAAUAACAAGUAGUUUUUGUAUAUUUGAUACAACAUUAACAAAAUGUAAAACAAUUAAUCCAAUAAAUUGUGAUUAAGCAUAGACGGCUUAAUAAUGUAAAAUAAUUCAAGGAUUACCUUGUUAUUGGAAUUCAAUAUUAGAAUAAUGUGAAUAUAAACAAAAACAAAUAUUUGAUGAAUGUUAAGAUAUAGAAGAUGCAUUUGGAAAUAUGAGAGCUUGUAUGGAUGUAGAAAGACCAGGAUAAUUAUGUUAAUUUAAAGAUAAUAAAUGUAAAACAUUUAUUGAGGAUUCCAGUAUUAAUAAUUGUUAAAAUAAUAUAAAUAAAGUAUCUUGCACAUGGUAGAUAAAAGAUGAGUGUAUUUGGGAAGUUUAGACAAUAAAAAUAAAGAAAACAUCUUUAGCAAAAGAGGAAAUAGAAGAAAGUAUUGGAGAAUGCAAACCUUUCAAAGAUUUUAGUACAUAGGAAUGUUCAGAUAGAUUAAGUUUUUUAGCUUGUAUGAAGAUUACAACAAAGGGUGCUUAUUGUAUUUGGAAUGAUGAAUAAUGUUAAUCUAUACCAAUAAUAAAAGGUGAUGUAAUAGCUUCUAAUACAUAUGUAUUGAUAAAUAGUAAUGCAUGCGGAUUAGUUAAUAAUGGAGAUAUGGUUAAAUAUAAUUCUGAUACUUUAUCAUGUAUGAAAGAAAACAAUUUCAAUAAUUUAAGUUGUUCACCAAUGACUCCAGGUUUGAAUAAGUAAGCUUGUAUAAAGAAUACAUUAUAGAAAUGUAGUUGGGAUGAGAAAAAUCGAACUUGUGUAUUUGAAGGUAAAAGACUACUGGUUGAAGAAUAAUUGAAGUCAAAUCGAUUAUUGUAAGUGACAACAUGUAAAAAAGAUGGAUUAGGACCAUAAUUAUGUUCUUAACUCUCUUUGUAACUUCCAUGUGGUUCUGUUGAAACGGGAUGUGAUCUUAUUGAUAUAAAUGUAGCUGAAUGUGAAGAUUUAGGUUUGAAUAAAUAUGCUUGUUUGAAUCUAACAACAGGACCAUGUGUUUGGAAGGAAGAUUCAGAUGGUACUUAUACUUGUUAAAGUUAUCUUCCAUAUACUUCAUGUGAAUAAGUAUUUAGUGAUGUGAACUCUUCUGUUUGUUCAUAUGUUUUAGAUGAUGCAUGUGUGUAUAAUAAAUAACUAAAUAAAUGUGAAAUUCCUACAUAAAUAUAUACACAAUGUGACAUUGAAGGUAUUAAUCCUAUUGCAUGUUCCUAAAUUUAGGGGUGUGUAUUCAAAAAUCAAAAAUGUUAAACUUAAGACCCUAAUAUUAAUUUAUUAUGCAGCUCAAUUUAAUAAGCUAAUUAUUAAGUGUGUACUCUUGCUAUAGAUAGAUGUAAAUAUAGUGAUCUAACUCAUGGUUGUAUCAAAUCUACUAUUACUGACAAUUGUAAUACUCCUGGUCUAAGUGCUCUAGGUUGUAAUGUUUUAGAUGAAUGUAAAUGGAUUGAUUCUAAAUGCAAUUGUCUUGCUUAUCUAGAAUUAUUCCCAGCAUGCUCAAAUGUUACAGAAUAUAAUAAAUGUGAAUCUUUUAAUUAUUGCUUCUUUGAAGUUUCAAAAACUAAGUCAAAUGUUGAUAUUACUUAAUACUUAAAAAAUACAAAUUAUGGUACUUGUAGAAAUAAAAAAUGUUCUGAUCUAAUUCAAAAUGAAUGUUAAGGAACAUAAAUUGGUGAUACUUAUUGUUAUUUAAAUACUAAAUCAUAAUGUUUACCUGCAAAAACUUGUGAUGAUUUAAUUGCUACUUCCAUUGAUUGUUCUGCCUAUUUAAUUGAUAAUAAAAGAUGUAAAAACAAAUCAACACUCACUAGUUGUGAAAAUCUUAAUUGUAAUAAUUUAGAUUAAGCUACAUGUGAACAAUUUAUAAAUGAAUGUGUUUUCGUGGGAUUUUGUAAAAUGAGAAGUUGUGAAUAUAUGGGAAAGACUUAGUGUCUAUAAAAUGAUUGUGAUUGGGAUGAUUUAACACAAAAAUGCAAAAUGCAAUUAGAUUGUUCACAAAUUUCUACAAGCGAUAAUUGCAUUCUUAAAAAACAAAAAGGAGCAUAAUGUGCAUGGAUUACUACUCUUAAAAAAAUUGAAGAAUGCACAUCUACUGGAUGUAGAUAUUUAGGCAUUUCAUAGGGAGAUUGUAUGGGUACACAUAUUGGAACUGAUGUUUGUGUUUAAAUGAAUGAUUUCUCUUGUGUUUCUUGCGAAGAAAUUCAAGAUUCAUGUAUUUGUUUAAAUCAAUCCUAAUUCUGUUCUUAUGACAAUCUAAAAAAUAAAUGCAAAUCUAAGAGUUGUCAACAUCACAAUCAAGAUGAUUGUCCAACUACUCAUUGCAGAUUCAAUAAUUAAUUAAAGGUAUUUUCUUAUUUAUAUUCAUUUAGAUAUGUUAACCUUUAUGCCAAUAUAAUUAUAAUUAGCAAUAAUGUAAUUAAGCUGAUGAAUGCGUAUGGGAUUCUAUCAACAAAAUCUGUUCAUCCCAUUUGACCACUACAGUCAUCCCAUAAAUUACCUUACCUUCCCCAAAUCACGCAAAUGUACUGAUGACCAUCUUUCUAUUCAUUUUAGUGAAUUUAUGA